AUGGCCGCCAGCGUAAUCCAUGUCGCUAACGCGAGGGAGCUAGUGCGAGAGGUAGAGGGUCUUUUCCCCAAGUUGGACCCUCAGACGGACUGGGAUGCUCGCAUGGCCGCCCUGAAGCGCCUCGAGGGCCUCUUCCGAGGCGCCGCACGAUCUGGAGUAACGGGAAUAUCGGCGCUGCUCCGGCAGCUCAUCAUGCCGCACCUCGCCGUCCAACUCCAGGAUGGCCGGUCGAAAGUCGUCAAACAGCCUGCUGCUUCCCCCAUCACACACUUCCCUCACACACCCGUACACGACCCCACCCCCCGCCACCUUGCCAGGUGUGCGGAGUAUGUGCUGCUGGCGCUGGAGGUGUGGGGCCCACAGGGCGAGCUGGUCAUGCUGGUGGAUGCGAUUGAAAGCAGCAUUCGUAGCGGCGUGCAGGACGGCACGCGGGAGGUGCGAGCCACAGCCAGGCGCAGCUUCCGGGAAUUUUCCCACUUGUGGCCGGAGAGAGCCGCCCGCCUGCGCUCCUCGUUUGAUGUCACAGUGCAGAAGGUGUUGGCUCAGGAGGACAAGUCAGCUGCACUGCUUGGUGCACAGGGCACAGCUGCUGCUGCAGCAGCAGUGAGGGUCGUGGCAGGAGCAGGAGGAGCAGGAGGAGCAGGAGGAAGAGGAGGGAGAGAUGCCGCUGUAGCAGGGGCAGCAGGAGCAGCAGGGGCAGCAGGAGCAGCAGGAGCAGCAGGAGCAGCAGGAGCAGGAGCAGCAGGAGCAGCAGGGGCAGCAGGGGCUGCUGUAGUAGCAGGUUUAGUGGGAUCCAGGGCCGCAGGGGUAGCUGGGAGAGGGGAUCGGAUUGGCCCACAGAGAGUGGUAUCAACAAGUGAGACUGGCACUGCAGCUGAUGAUGAUGAUGCUGAUUAUGCAAGAGACGGGGUGUCAUCUGGGGGAGGUUCACCUGGAAGUGAGGUGAACCUAUCCCCCAAGAUAGUCCGUGUUUUGGACUUUGACUCUGCUAGCCGCAGUGCUGGUGCUGCUGCUGCUGCUGGUGCUGCUGGUGCUCGUGGAGGUGGGGCUGCUGGUGUGGCGCGUGUUUCUAUAGACGAUGUUCCUAUGAAGGAAAACGUGCAGGGGAGAUGGGGUGGAGCAGCGGCAGCGGGAGGAGGUGACUGUGGGCUUGGGCCGAGGAGGCAGAGGCACAGCAUUGCCGCGUCAACCAAUCUUGAAGGUUUGGUGCCUUCACGGCCUCUAGAGACUGCUGCGAACAGGGUGGGGCGAGGGGCGCUGGGGGAACGUGAGGCGGAGGGGAAGGGGGGUUUUGGGACGCGAACGGGGAAUGUGAGUGGAGGCGGGAACGGGGGAGGCGGGAUUGGGGGAGGGGGGAAUGGGGGUGGUGGUGGGGAGAAGAGGGCGGUGCAUGCUAGGAGGUCUGUUGGGGCGUUAUUGGGAGUGAGCGAGGAGGCUGGUGGAGGGUUGGGAGGGGCAGGAGCAAUUGGAGGGGCACGCGGAACGGGAGGGAUGGGGGCGAGAGGAGGAGCAGUGGGAGCAGCAGCGGCAGUAGGAGGGAGGGAUCGGAGCCAGGGGAAGAAGGCACAGCAGCAGCAGAGGGAUGUGGGGGAAGAGAUGAGGGUGAGGGUAGAGGAGGGGUUGCGGAAGGGGUGUGACUGGUCGAGACGGGUGGCGGCAUUAGAGGCGGUGAGGGAGUGUGUGAUGGGCGGAGGGGACGCGGCGGCAUGGGGAGCAGGGGAGGGGGAUGGAGUUAGCCGCAAGGGUGUUCAGGCCGUUGUGAAGUACCUGGACAAAGUAGUGGAGCUGCUAGUAGCGGGGAUGGAAUUUGCCCACACCAAAGUCGCCUCCUCGGCUUUGUCCCUCCUGGAAGACCUCGUUCUGCACUGCCCGCCCAUCCUCACCCCUCCGCACCUGGACAAAUGGCUUCCCCCUCUCUUCUCCCGCGUGGCUGACACUGGAAAGGACCGCAUGCGAGCUCAGGCCGAGGGGAUACUGGAUUGUGCUCUAAAUAUCUGGUUUAGGCGUGGGGAUGGGUGCGGAGGGGUGAGUGGGGAGGUGGGUGAGGUGGGGAGGAGUGGGGAGGGGUUGAGAGGGGGAGAGGGGGAGGCGGUGCAGGUGCUGCUGCCGGUGCUGGAGAGGGCUUUGGAGGGACAAAGGGGACCGAGAGUGCGGGUAUGUGUGGUGGAGUUUGCAGAGCAGGUGCUGCGGGGGAGGGCGGGGAGAGAGGAGAGGGAGGGGGAGGGCGGGGGAGAGGAGGAGGAAGAAGGGAGGCAGCGUGGUGGGGGUGCCAUGGCUCGGGUCAGAAGAAGCACAGCAGAAGCCAAGAGCAUCCGGCAGUGGGGUACUCGUCUCCUCCCUCUGCUCAAGGACGCCAAAACCCGCCUGCCAGCAGCACAGUGCCUGGGGGAGGUGGUCGCACAGAUCGGGCCUGUCUUCCUGGCCGCUCACAUCGAUUCCCUCCCCGACUCGGAGCUAACUGACUUCCUCGUGCUGCUGGAGAGGGCAGCACAACCGGAUGUAGCGGCGGCUGUAGCAGAAUUCGUGCAGGGGAGUCAGAUUCACGAGCAUGGGCAUGGCAUGUCGACAGCUGGGCAGAGACAUGAACGAGCGUCUGGAGCAGCAGCUCGAGCAUCGGCUACUACAGCCGCCAGCACAGGCAUGCAUGCAGCAGAGAAUGUGGUGCAAGGGGGUAUGGUACCUUCCUUUGAGGCGCCUCACAGAAUGUUUGGCGAGGAGCCUAUUCCGUUGGGAACAACAGCAGGAGGAGGAGGAGGAGGAGCAGGAGCAAGAGCAGCAGCAGCACUACCACCUCGACCAUCACCAUCACCUGCAGCAGCAGCAGCAGCAGCAGCAGCAGCAGCAGCAGCAGCAGCAGCAGCAGCAGCAGCAGCAGCAGCAGCAGCAGCAGCAGCAGCAGCAGCAGCAGCAGCAGCAGCAGCAGCAGCAGCAGCAGCAGCAGCAGCAGCAGCAGCAGCAGCAGCAGCAGCAGCAGCAGCAGCAGCAGCAUCCUCACCACCACCACCAGCAACAGCCGCAGCUGCAGCAGCAGCACCACCACAAUUAUCUGCAGCACCUUCUUCUUCCUCCUCAUCAGGAGCGUCUGCUGCAUCUGCUGCCUCUGAAGCAUCUGCAGAAGCAUCUGCGCCCAUUAUUGCUUCAACAGCCAUCACCGAUUCUGCAGUGGAAUCAGCAGCUCAUCACUUAGCUAAAUACGUCUCGCCAAGUGCUGCUGUAGACUUUCCAGGUGCUGCUCAUGAUCCCUCUUUCCUCCCCGGCUAUGCUUCUAAUGCUGCGGAUGCAUGUAUGGGGAGAGAUGAAAGGCUGGAUGGGGAGGAGUUUGUGGGGAGGGAGGAGGAGAGGGAAGAGGUGGAUGAUGCAUGGGUGGCCGCUGAAAUUGCUGAUGUCAUGAUGUGGGCGACAGGGAGAGAAGAAAUGUUGGAUGUGUGUGGGGAGGAGUGUAGACAUAGAUUGGACAAACACAGCAAGCAGUUGAGUAUUGGGAAUGGAGGGGGUGGUGAUGGGUGGGGUGAAGUGGAGGAACGGAGGAGUGAGAUGGCUGUUGUGGAAUAUUAUUCGUCGCUUGCUGAGGUGCCUGGGGUUUUGGAUGCUGAGAUUGGUGCUCCAGAGGGCAAUUUGGAACGGAUUAGCUAUGUGCCGGCAGCCAUGUCUACCGGCGGGUGGUUCGACGCGAUGAGCGUGCGACACUUUAUCAUGCAGGCGCUCGGGCUAGGCAUGAUAGUGACGUCAGCUCUCGUCAUUUGGAAGGGCCUCAUGUGCUGGACCAAUAGCGAGUCGCCAGUUGUCGUCGUGCUCUCGGGCUCCAUGGAACCCGGCUUCAAACGAGGCGACAUUCUCUUUCUCCACAUGAACCCAACGCCGCUUUCUGUGGGGGAGAUCGUGGUCUUCAACGUGGAUGGUCGAGACAUUCCCAUUGUCCAUCGCGUUAUAAAGGUGCACCAAGAGGCCGACCCUGACGAGUUUCAGGCGCUCACAAAAGGUGACAACAACGAGGGGGACGACCUGCCACUGUAUGCGGAGGGGCAGCUCUGGCUGCGCAAGAAGCACAUUAUUGGGCGCGCCAUGGGAUACCUCCCCUAUAUCGGCUACGUCACCAUUAUAAUGACGGAGCACCCCUACAUCAAGUUCAUUCUUAUCGGCGUUCUUGCUAUACUAGUCCUCACAUCAAAAGACUAG